UAUGUUAUUUUAUUUUUAUUUUAUUAUGUUAUUUUUAUUUUAUUUUAAAAAACACAGUAAUUUUUAAGUUUCUUAUUGAGAAUGUGAGUUCCCGGGGCUUUAAUUACUUAUUUUUAGGUCAUCUAAUCAAUUUUCAUUCAUUUGCUUGAAAUCCAUUACUUUCAUUAAUUUAAAUCGAUUCCGUUUUGCAUCCCACCUUCAUCAUGUCGCUGGCUGCGGAUAAUAGGGACUGUAAUCCAGCGCCUCUGGAGGGGGUGACCGGACCACAAAGCUCCGUAAUAAAAGGCGGACCAUGCUUUUAAAGCGGGGGGGGGGGGGUGACACUCCCAAAAAACGCAAAAUGGGGCGAGGUCCCUUUAAGAGCAAAAAUCGCCGAAGAUCCUGGUAACGCUAGUUGCCGGGUGACGAAAGCGGAGCGUGGCCAAUCAGGAGGCGUUCGGAAGCUUGGCUUUGCUACAUAGUAAGCAACGGACGCGGGAGUGAAUGACUCUCAAAAGGGAAGUUACUCGGCUCCAGCAGCACAGCCUUCCGUGUUCCUUGCUGGACUCUGGAGGCCCAGAGAUGGAUCUUCAGCAGCUCCGCCAUUUGAACCAAGACCUCCUGCAAAAGUUGAAAGCCAACCAAGAAGAGUUCAGGAAACGCCUCCCCUUCUUGCUGGCUUCCUCGACUGGGACCCCUGAGCUCAAACGGAUGCCCAGUUCCAGAAACGAGAUCCAACCACCAUUUUGUCCGGACAUGGAAGGGGCCAUCCUGAACAUUUCAGAGACGCGGAAUUCCCCACUGAAUCUUGACACUCUGCAGUGUGGGAGACGGAAAGAGGGGUGCCCCCCUAGCUCGGUGCCACCCAGUUCCCCCUGCAUGGUCAUCGUGCCACUGGGCGAGGCUGGGAGCGGAAAUGGGGAAGCGGCCCAGGGGGAUGCCCCCCAAAAGCCGCUCCCUGCUGCUUGCUCCGAGGCAAAGGAGAGAAUGUGGGCCCGAGAGGAGCUGACCCAAAGCCAAGCGGAAGAGGAAAGGAGGCAGGGGGCUUCGGCUUGGAUGCCGCAGACCCCCAAGUCCAUUCUGCUUACACCGGGGGACAAGCAUGGCAGGACGAGGAAGAAGAAGGAAGCCGGGCACGUCACCUUCGUCUCCGACACGGAGGAGCAUUUGAUCCCAGCGGACAGCAUGUCGGCGCAGCCUUUCCUGGGCUACGACUGGAUCGCAGGGUUGCUGGAGACGGACACUUCCCUGUCUGACAAACCUGAAGAAUAUUUUGCUGAGCUGCAGAAUUUUCGUCAGGUGAACAAGGAAGCUUGCAUCCGUGACCACGGCUUCGAGUUGGAAGACGUGAAAUCGUUGGCCCUGGAUCAGGAGAUGGAAACAGAUGCGGCUUCCCACCAGUGUGUCUUCUGUUAUCGGUUGAAUAAGCGCCUUUUUACUGUGCCAAUGGAUCCAGAAUCGGCCUGCCCCGUUUGCAAAACCCCUCGCGCUGAAAAACCUCCCGAGACCCUGGUGGAGCCAGCUUUCGUAAGAGUUAGCUUCCCGAGGGCUACAAUCCUCCCCGCGUAUAAACACAAAAUCCAUCGACGGAAAAGCUACGAAAUGGAGGACAAUUUGGCCCUGCCCUCGCACUGCCUUGCUGGUUGGGAGAACCCCGUCCAAGUUUCCACCCCCGUCAUCAGCAGCCUGGAUCUACAUUCAUCCCUGGAUUCCCGGUGUGCACAUCAGAAUUCCGGCUCCAGGGUGGCAGGCGGGACGAGGACGGACAAACUUCUGGACCGCUCUCGGGUGGUGGAAUUUGAACUCGGAAGCGCCCCUUGGAAGCAGACUCGCCGAAAGCCGCCACGCCACAAAGCCAUUUUCCAUUAAAACCACCUCCAAUCUC